AAUUUGACACUGUCUUUUGUUUCCAAAAAAAUCUGAUAAACGUUCAAAACUAAAAAUUAUUUGUUAAAAAAUUUAAUAAUUAUAUAUUUAUUAUAAAUAAAUAUGCAAAAUAUAGUAAAAGUUUGGAAACUUGGGCUCAUGAGCUAUGAUACUGCAUUAAAAAUACAACUCUCAAUCGCUCGCAAGCACCUAGAUUCUAUGACGAAAGGGCUUGAAGAGAACUACGAUACACUAUUGCUUGUGGAACACAAACCUGUAUAUACUGUUGGAAUACGAGAUGAAACACCAAAAGAUGAAAUUUUAAGGUUACGGUCCCUCGGCGCAGAGUUUAAAAAAACUAACAGAGGGGGUUUGAUCACUUUCCAUGGACCUGGACAACUUGUCGCAUAUCCUGUUAUAAAUUUAAAACAUUUCAAAACUAGUGUCAAAUGGUAUGUCAAUAAUCUUGAAGAGACUGUAAUCAAAAUUUGUGAACAACUGGGUAUUAAAGCAAAUCGCUCAUUACACACAGGAGUUUGGGUGGAUGACAGUAAAAUUGCAUCCAUAGGUAUCCAUGCAUCACGUUAUGUCACUACCCAUGGUGUAUCUAUAAAUUGUGAUAAUGAUCUGUCUUGGUUCGAUCAUAUAGACCCCUGCGGGAUUGAUGACAUGGGUGUUACAUCAAUAGCCAAGGAAACUGGUGCUGAAUUUAAUACAGAGAAGGCAAUUCCAUUGUUCCUGAAAACAUUUGGUAAUGUGUUUGAUUGCAAGUGUGAAGAUUUAGAGGUACCAGUUCAAGAACAAAUUUUAAAUGAUGUUUAUUGCAAAUUACUUACUCAAGCUCAAUAGUAGAAUAAUAGAAUAGUCACUAACGGCUAAAAUUGGUGAUAAUGAAGGAUGGGCUGAUGUUAAUGGCUCAACUUGGCAGGUCCUGUCUUCUUAUUACCUUUAACUUGCCAAACUUGUGCAAGAAAUCAGGCCACCAUAGUAUCAAGUUUCAAGAUCUAUUUACACUGAAGAGAUAUUGUGGUUGUACUAUGACUGAUUAUACAAUUUCUGUCUAUAAGUUACCACAUGUAAAUUAGUGUGGAAUGUUAUAGCUGUUUUAGAAUUUUAGCUGUUGAUCAUAGCAUGAUUUAAUUUAUUCUAGAUUUGAACGGCCAAUAUUUCCUUUAUUACCCUUGUUGACUUAUUUGUUAAAAAAUAAAAGACAGAUAAAUUUGUACAA